AUGAACCAGAUCACGUCAGAUCGCACCUGCGAACGAAUCACCUGGCAUUUCAGCCCACCGAAAGCCCCACAUUUUGGAGAACUGUGGGAGGCGGCUGUGAAAGCGGCCAUGCGCCAGCUAUACCGUCAACUCGGAAACUCUAAGCUGUCCUUCGAAGACCUGGCUACGGUACUUACACAAAUACAGGCCAGCACGAACUCGCACCCCAUCGUUCCGCUAAGUGAAGACCCGAACGACAUAUCAGCAAUUACUCCCGCCCAUUUUUUAAUCGGGGGCCCUAUGCAUUCUUUAGCAGAACCGUAUAUAUGCCUUCAACGUACAUACCAGCAGUUCUGGCAUCACUGGAGGACAGAGUAUUUGCAGGAGUUGCAACGGGACACCAAAACCUGCCAUCCCAAUACCGAUAUCCAGCCAGGCAGAUUGGUUGUCCUAAUGGAUGAGUUGCAGAUGCCGGUGAAGUGGCCGCUUGCCAAAAUAAUUGCAAUUCACCCUGGCAGAGAUGAUCUGGUGCGAGUUGUUUCACUGCGUACCAGUCGAGGAGUCAUCAGGAGACCUAUCACCAGAAUUUGUUUGCUGUCAACGGAGGAGAAGGACGCUGAAUUACCACAAGAGGACAUUCAACCCUCAACCGGUCCAGCGGAAAUUGUAGACGAUCACCCAGAAGAAGACCACUAA